GAGCAAGUGGGUGCGGCUCAACGUGGGGGGCACGGUGUUCCUGACCACCCGGCAGACGCUGUGCCGCGAGCAGAAGUCCUUCCUCAGCCGCCUGUGCCAGGGCGAGGAGCUGCAGUCGGACCGGGAUGAGACGGGAGCCUACCUCAUCGACCGCGAUCCCACCUACUUCGGGCCCAUCCUGAACUUCCUCCGGCAUGGCAAACUGGUGCUGGACAAGGACAUGGCCGAGGAGGGCGUCCUGGAGGAAGCAGAGUUCUACAACAUCGGUCCACUGAUCCGCAUCAUCAAAGACCGGAUGGAGGAGAAGGACUACGCAGUCACUCAGGUCCCGCCCAAGCAUGUGUACCGUGUGCUGCAGUGCCAGGAGGAGGAGCUGACGCAGAUGGUCUCCACCAUGUCUGAUGGCUGGCGCUUCGAGCAGCUGGUCAACAUCGGCUCCUCCUACAACUAUGGCAGCGAGGACCAGGCCGAGUUCCUGUGCGUGGUGUCUAAGGAGCUCUAUGGCUGCCCGCAUGGGUUAGGCUCCGAGUCCAGCCGCAAAACCAAGAGCACGGAGGAGCAGCUCUCGGAGGAGCAGCAGCGGCAGGAGGAGGAGGUGGAGGAGGUGGAGGUGGCACAGGUGCAGGUGGAGGCAGAUGCCCAGGAGACAGCCCAGUCAUCUCAGGAUCCCGCUAACCUUUUCUCCCUCCCACCACCGCCUCCUCCUCCUCCACUUCCCGCUGGAGGUUCCCGUCUGCACCCUCUCAGACCUGAGGCCGAGCUUGCAGUGAGGGCUUCUCCUCGGCCCCUCGCCCGCCCCCAGAGCUGCCAUCCCUGCUGUUACAAGCCAGAGGCACCCGGAUGUGAGGCCCCAGAUCACCUCCAGGGACUUGGGGUUCCGAUCUGAAAUCUUUUCUUUUUGUACCACGGGGUGGGCCCCAGGCCUGAGACGGAAGAAGCGCUCUCCUCCCUGCCCCCACUGUCUGUGCCUGCGGGGCUGUGACCCCUGGCAGGGCGGGCUGCCGGCUGGCACCUCUCAAGGCCUGAGGUGGGCCCUGGCUCUGGCUCUGGCCCCCUGCCAUGACUGAGGUGGGGCGCUGUGCAGCUGUGGCCCCCAGGCCCGUGUCCCCUCACCCGGCCCCCUGCUGCAUGGCAGACUUGCUCCCCACACCCCAUCCAGUGUCACCUUGUCCCUCCUCGAGCCUUAGUCUCCUGGUCAGCUAGGGGAUGACUCCUCACACCCCACCUACCUCACAGGGUUGUUGUGAGGGCACAGAGGAGUGGGGUCGCCAAAGCCCUCAGAGAGUAUAAAUGGGUGCCCCCCAGGCCUAACCCCAGGCAGGACACUGCUGGCAGACAGAGAGUGGGUGGGAUGGAGGGGCGGGCAUGGCCCUGUCGUGGGGGGGGUAGAAGGCUGGCCUUCACCGCGGCUGCCCCACCCCCAGCCAUGAGCGUUGCUGGCACUGCCCUGGCCUGGGGUCCUGGUCUGGGGGGCACCAGAGUGCUCAGUGGGGGCAUCGGAGACUCAGGAACUUGUGAUAAGACAGGGGCCCUCCUCCUGCCCACGGGAGGGUCAGGGCGUGUGGGGCUGAGCAAGGGACCCUCCUGGCCUGCUGACUCCGGGCUGGGCAUCGCUUCUCAGGGUCCGCCGACCCACCUGCCCCGCCCGCUGUGUAAUAAACGUGGAGAAACACCCA